AUGUUUCUCUGCGCAGCAGCUGUUGCUAUAUUUAUUGCAUGCAGUGGUGGUGAUAAUGCUGCUACUGCUGGUGCUUGGGGAGCUGAAGCAGCAGAAGCGUUUGGUGACGAUCAGGUUCAAGUAGAGACUGUGCAGGAACAAGUAGAAGAAUCCGCUGCUGCUGCUGGUGGUAGUGCAGCAGAAGCAUCAGCAGCAGGAGCAGCAGGGCCUACAGGGUCUGUAGAAGCAGGGGGAGGGCAUAUACUAUCUGCAAGGGGUUCUAGAGGAGGUACUUCAAAGACAGCAGGGAGAUCUAGAAGAGAGACGUUUAUGGCUAGAGUAACACAGGUUGCAGGAAACAGUAAAGUGCGUUCUCACUUAUCUACUGUUCUUCUUCUUUGUGGUUUAUUGUUUGUCUUCGGAGUUGCCCGUUGGUUAAACGCUGAGGAAGUAGCUGCUGCAGCACGUGCAGCAGCAGCAGCAAGACGUGAAGAGCUGCAGAAGUCUUUGGAUGAGUACGAGAAGAAAAUAAAAGAAUCGACGGAUAUUACAAAAGAAUUAGCAGAGAGGAAGGCCGAAGCUUCGAGGAGACAAGCGGAGGUUCAAGCAGCAGCACUGGAGGCAGAGAAAGCAGAGGCAGAAUUAUUCGAGCAACUGAGUUCACAAGGUAGAGGCGGUGGAGAGUUGCUGCAAUUAGUGCGCAGGAUGGACAAAGAAGCAGAGGCUCUAGAAGAAGAAACUCGAGUGCUGCAAGAAAAAAUCAAAGCAUUCUCAGAUAUGGCGUCUGAAGAUAUCUCAGGCAUCCUUACGAAGACGUUUGAAGAACAGAAGAAAUUAGCGGAGAAGAAGAGGGCUGUUGUAGAGAGAAUGGCUGAGAUGGCUCUGUUGGAAGCACGGUGGGGUGAAGCUCUUAGUACUCAAGGGGGAAGCAUUUUAGAAGAGAUACAGAUAGCUACGCAAGAGUUAGAGGACCUUAAGAAGAAGAAGCUAGAGUUAAAGAAAGAAAAGAUAGAGAAUGCGAAGGCAGGCUUAUCUAAUGAAGAAAAACAAGAAACAAAGACUAGGUUAGAGGCGCAGGUGCGGCAGCUAAGGGCACAGAUAUCACAGAAAAAUGAUGAAAGGGCUGAGAAAGAAAAAGAAGUAGAAGAGCUAAAAGCAGAUUUAGAGGAACGUAAGGGCCAGCUCGACGAGUUAAAGAGAGAAAUACAAGAUGCAAAGGCAAAGAAGGAGUCCGUGGAGUCAGACUUUGAGACAAAGAGAAGAGAAUUCUUAGAUGCAUUAGCCCCUCUAGAGCAAGCUGUAGAAUCAAGAGAAAAAGAAAAUGCUUCUCUUUCAAGCAUAAGGAAGGACACCGGAGACAGACUAGGGACGGUAAAAGAGCAGCUUGCAUGCAAGGCUAUUGCCCAAGAAGCUCUAGAACAACAUAAAGAAUUAGAAGAGUAUGAGAGAAAAUUAGCAGAAGAACAUGUUAGCGAACAAAGACGUGAGUAUGAAGAAGAAAUAAGCGAGCUGACUAUACAGCUGAGUGGUGGCGGUCUUGGGCCGAAGACUCGUAAUGUUCUGGAGAAGAGAAUAGAUUUCUUGAAGGGAAAACACAAAGAUGCAGCAGAAAAAGCACUGGAAGAAGCAAGAAGAUCUGGAGAAGAUUUAUUCUUAACUCUUGAGUCUAGGUGCGUGGGAGAGCAUAGAACUGCCUUAGGCAUAUUCCGUUACUUUGACGAGAGAAUAGACAACGAGGCAGAAAACCCUGAUCUUGUGCGGCAGUUUUUGGUUUCUCAACGCGAUUUUGAGGAGAAAAGAUUAAAGACAUUAAAUCUAAUGGAUAGAGCAUCAGAGAUAGCAAGACAGCGCUCGUUCGGACAAGAGAUAAGGAGUCUCUUUGGGGACAAUAAGAGUACGUCAGCAGUACUUAAAGCUGAACGAGACAGGAUAGAAGGCUUGCUGCAGACGACAAGAGAGAGGUUAGAUACUGCAAACAGAAGAAGAAGUAGGGCCAGGAGAGGUCUGCUGUCUCUUCCUAGACACGAUAAAGACGAUGGUAGCAGCGCAACAGACACCGACCCCACAGGAACGACGAGAAUAAUUUUGAAGAGACGUUUGUUGGGAGAGAAUACAUUGAUUACCUUUUAUACAGAAAGAAUUCGUAGAUUAGAAGAAGCACUGAAAGACCUAGACAUCACGUAUGGAGACAAACUAGCAGCAGCAAGAAGUGCGUGGACGGAGAUUAAGAAAGACUUCACUACACCUGAAGCACGCUGGGAAGUUGCUGGAGCAACAGACGAUGCAUUAAAAGCAAUAGGCACAUCGGAAGAGAGUUUAGCUCAAGUAGAAGACUACGUAGAGGAAGAUGAUGAAGAGAAGCAAGCAGAAGAAAUACUUAAAGGAAUUGACGAUGAUGGAUCUGUUUCUGAUGCUGACCUACUUCAAAUUCCUGUUGUUGAUACCUGGGAUAUCACAGAGAUUAUCCGUAGAUUUGCGGAAGAAGAACAGAUGCCAUCAACACAAGGGGGAACAGCAGAAGAAGUAGGCGAUGCAGCAAGCAGCAAGUAA